AUGGGAGACCGAAGAGGCCAGCGUGCUCCGCAGGUGAAGAACAAGUCGGCGGCCGAGAUCCAGAUCACUGCCGAGCAGAUCAUUCGCGAGGCUCAGGAGCGGCAGGAGGAGGAAAUCCAGCCGCCCAAGCAGAAGAUCACCGAUAAGGAGGAAUUGGACGAGUAUCGAUUGCGGAAGCGUAAGGAAUUCGAGGAUCAGAUUCGCAGGCAGCGCGGCCUCAUCACAAAUUGGCUCAAGUAUGCCGCCUGGGAGGACAGCCAGGGCGAGAUGGAGCGGGCGCGCAACGUCUACGAGCGCGCGCUCGAUGUGGAGUACCGCAAUGUCACCAUCUGGCUCAAAUGGAGAUGA